AAAAAACUCCUAGUAGAUCACAAAAGAAAACUCCAACUUCUGCAAUCAUUGACCAAAGAGAUGAGUCUAAAGAUGAUUCAAAAGAUAUAGAUAAAAAAGUGUUUUGGCUGGUCCUAUUUUCAGAUGAUGAAAUGCAUCAAAAA